AUGGCUUUCUCAGAUUGGCGCAAGCUGCCGGUCAGCUUGUCAGAGCUCUGCAUUAAUACUACUCUACGCUGUGGUCAAUCUUUCCGAUGGCAUAAUAUUGCGGAAAGUGAAGAAUGGCGAUGUGUCCUGUAUGGACGUCUGAUUUCUUUGAAACAAGAUUCAAGCUGUCUAUACUAUCGAACCUACCAGUCUCGGUCGUCUCCUUCUCUCCUAACCCCACCUGCCUCGGAAUUACCCUCUCGCGCGCAAUCAGAUACAGAAUCCAGUGACAUUAAAGACGACCACACUCUCCGCAUUAUCAAGCAUUAUCUCAACCUGUCAUCCAAUCUGGGUGAUCUAUAUGCACAAUGGUCUUCUGACGAUCCUAAUUUCAAGAAAAAGGCUCCGCAAUUCACCGGAAUCCGGAUAUUGCGCCAGGAUGCAUGGGAGGCCUUAGUGUCAUUCAUUUGCAGUAGCAACAACAAUAUUUCACGUAUCUCUCAGAUGGUGGAAAAAUUGUGUCUUCACUAUGGACCAUUCGUUGCUACAAUUGAAGGUCGAGCCUACCACGACUUCCCAACACCUGAGGCAUUAGCUGGCAAGGAUGUGGAAAGCAAUCUCCGCACCUUGGGAUUUGGAUACCGGGCUAAGUAUAUCUACAAGACCGCUGUCAUGGUGUCCCAAGAGCGAGACAAGGGAUGGUUGGAUGGUCUUUCUAACCCCGAGUCCCCUGCAUUCGGUACUGAGGCACAGCCGGGCGAUGAGAUGAAACCCGAAGGUCGACAAGGAUACCGAAAUGCCCAUGAGAGUUUACUGGAACUUCAAGGUGUCGGGCCCAAAGUGGCAGACUGUGUCUGUUUGAUGGGUCUGGGAUGGGGCGAAUCUGUGCCUGUGGAUACUCAUGUAUGGCAAAUCGCGCAACGGGAUUACCGCUUCGGCAAGGGAUCCCAUAAGUCAUUGACAAAAGCAACAUAUGAUGCUGUGGCCAAUCACUUCCGCAAGCUCUGGGGUCAGGAGGCUGGAUGGGCGCAGAGUGUGCUUUUCACGGCCAAUUUGCGGUCCUUUGCAGAUCGACUUGCAGCAACGAAGGUAAAGGUAGCUGUGAAAGAAGACGACUCAGAGGUUGAGAUUAAGACUGAAGUCACGACAUCAGUGGCUUUGACAGCCCCUAAGCAUGAGGAUGUCAAUGUGAAAGUGGAAGAGCCUGAGAGUAAACCUAUGAAGAAAACUGGGAAGAAACGCAAGGCAACACCAGAAGAAGUCAUUCAUGCUUCGACGAGCGAGACUCGGCGGAUAUCCAAGAGACUUCGACGUUGA